GCGUUCGAGGUCAGGGUGGAGACGGAUGAGCCCAAUGAUGAGGAGCAACUGUCGGAAGGGAGGAGCUCUCGAAACUACGAUGGGGGUGAGAACUGGUCAUUUGACUGGUCCUCUGAGCAGGGUAGUGAGAGGUCUGUGGGAGACGGCGGAGCACGAGACCGAGGAGACCGAAGUUCUCAAGGGCAUGGAGGUCGAGAUCAUGGAGCACCGGGACAAGAACGAGGAGCUGGAUCCUGGGACAGCUUGAUGUCCCCGAGGUCACCGCCUGCUGCGGGCUUUGACCGUGAUGGAAACCCACCAAGUGGAGAAGUUUCUUCGGUAGGAGAACGACGAGAACCUCGUGGUCCAGGCGAUCGAGAAGAACGUGGAGGAUCACACAAAGGAAAGGUCAGCAGCUCUUACCCUCCCAUCUUCAGAGCGAAGGUGGGAGAAUCCUACCGGGAUUGGAGGCGGUCCUUGGAGUUUUGGCUUGGAGGAGAGGGUCAUCAGAUUCCAGAAGAAUACAUUGGGCCGAGGAUAAUGGUCCAACUCCGAGACCGAGCUGCCCAGUUGGUGAAGCACUUGAACAACAGCGAUGUGAACAAGGCUGGAGGUAUGCAGAAGAUCUUCGACGUCUUGGAGAAGAGCCCGUUGGUGAAGCAGUUGGACAAGCACAGAGUGGAUCAGCACCGCAAACGACUCAUGUCUUUGAGCCGUUUUGCGGGUGAGUCCUUGGAGAGCUACAUCACCAGAGGAAACAUCUACAGGACGCAAUUGCUGGGCUUGGACUCGACGCUUGAGAUGGGGGAGCGUUUCUACGUGGGGCAUCUUUUGGAUCAUGCACGUUUGACUCGACGAGACAAAGCGCACAAGGCAGCGGUGAAGGAAUGGUUGAAGGAAGGGGGCUGUGUUGGUCCUAGUCCCGAUGCAGCCCUGGCAUUGAGUCAGUUUCAAGAGCUGAUGGAGUGCUUUGGCGAGAAAAGAUCAUUGACGCAAAAAGAGCUGCAAAUGGCAUGGUGUUUGGCAGAGGGGUUAAAAGCUUUGGACCAAACGUUCAUUGCGAAAUCUUCUCACAUUUCUUUGAUGCGGGAUGAGCGGCAUGGGCGGUUGGCCAUACGAUUCAUGGCUGUGGCCCCAGACUUGACAACUCGAAGUGGCUUUUUAGGCUGCUUCGGCCUGCCCGAAACUUUUUUUUUGAAGAAAGUGGUCGGGGACGUCCCCUAUAGCUGUGUAAGGCUGCCUCGGCCUGCAAUCACAGGCUGUUUCGGCCUGGAAUAUAACCUCACAGACUGGUUCGGUCUUGGAGCCAGUUUGCUACCACAGUCCUAUGAGCUCUGCGACGAGUCGACAAUGGAGACAAGUGAUGUGGCUGCCUCGGCCAUAGACGAGACGACGUGGCUGCAUCGGCCAUACCACGGUUGCAUCGGCCGUGUGGCUGCCUCGGCCAUAGGUGCAAAUGGAGAGGAGUGGCUUCUUCAACGUCCUGGCGGAGCGCAACAAGCCUUUGGAGGUCGACGAGGCGGACGAGCAGCAUUGGCCGCGGAGAAUGUCGAGGACGAGACAGAGGAGACUGAGUUUGAGGACGAGCCGGACGAGGUGGGUGCAGAGUCCAUUGAUGGAGACUAUCCACCGGAGCUGCGAGAUGCGGAGAAGGAGGCCUACGCCAUGCACUACAAGGCGAAGCAGCGAAUGGCAGAGGUGAAGAAGCUGAGACAAUUCUACCGCAAGGGCGACCAGGUGGAGGAACGGAAGAAGGCCCUCGCAGAGAAGAUCCGGAAUACGGCAUGCCACAACUGCGGAGAAAUAGGGCAUUGGAGCCGAGAAUGCCCCAAACCGAAGCAGCAGCAGGUCCUCAUGGCAUCCCGCUCCAAGAAGAAGGGCAAUAGCGUUUCCUCGAGUGCUAUGAGCAGCAUCCCGGAGGAGCUUCCAGGGGAUCACGAAUGGGAUCUGCUGGUUUCCUUGUGUUCUGGCUACCAGAAGGGUAGCUCAACUGAAGACAAUGCCCGCCGUGCAUACAUGACGCUGCCGUGUACGCUGGAGAUGGGACGGGAUGGAGUUGAGUAUGAUGUGUUGUGGUGCAUGAAGGAGUUAGAGAAUGCAGUUAUUUUGGACAUAGGGUGUCUCAAGUCGGUCACGGGAACUCAAUGGGCGAAUCAGUUGAUUACCAAAUGGAAGAAGGAAAAGAGAUGGUUGAAGGUUUUUCCUGAAGAAGAAGUUUUUCGUUUUGGGAGUGGCGACACCUUGAAGAGUAAGUACAUGAUUCAGUUCCAGGCCACGUUUGCAGGAGCCCUACAAUUCGAAAAGGCGCCACUGCCCAUGUCCGCCGCGGGCAGCCAGCGGCAUUGCCGAGUAUGCGGCGAUCCAGAUCAUCGCACUCGGGAGUGUCCGACGAUUCAGUCAGACGAGGACAUCCCCGACCACGUCGCCAGAGCCCUAUCCAUGGAUGCCGAGAGCGAGAUGAGCGGCUUCCGCAAGGGCCAACGGGGGAGCGAUGUCUCGAUGCUAGAAGCUCUUCAGAAUACACAGACUCCCAAGCGCGCACCUCGGUCCAGGAAGAAGAUGGAGAGUCCGAACAGCGCGUGGGAGGAAGUGACGCCCUAUCAAGCCCAGGUGAUGAGCCACCGCAUCGAUACGCCACCGGCGACGGCAUCAGCGAUCGACCUCACCGAGGCGGAGAUGAAGAGGAUCGUCAAGAGUCGGGAGAAGAGGAACGUGACCCGGCAGAAGAAGGAGGAGACGAUGGCUCUGUCAGGCCUCAAGGCCGACUACCCUUCCCUUUCUCAUGCCUACAGUCUGGAGGUCGAGGAUGAUCACUUUCAUGUGGAAGAAGCUCUUUUGGCAGGCACGAGUCAAACAAGCGGUGGAGAUGUCAAUGCCGGGGGCCAGGUGGAAGAAGAAUCGACGGUGGCUGGCGGGUUUGCUGGGAAAGGAGAUCGGAAGCCUGUAUGGGCACUACGGGGCAAUGCGGCAGAGGCUGAGCUCUCCAGUGGGAGUGGAUCUGAUGUGAGACAACGCUGCACGGAGAUUGCGGAGAACGAGAUCAUGGCCGAGGAGGACGUGGUGACCAUCGACAACAUGCUGAAGGAGCACGGGGAGGCGAUCACGGACAUCUACUACGACCAGGAGGAGAACAACGUGAUCUACCAGGAGGACUUGCAGCGUUUCUAUCAGAGGCGUGCAGAGGAGCGAGAGGGCCACAUGACGAGGCCGGCAAGAGGACUCACUCAGAAGUUCAAGAAAGGCAUCAAGGAUGCCCUGGCUGUGAUGGAUAAGGUGAAGGAUGUAGCAAAAUGGACCAGCCGGAGGAUGGUCCUGGAGAUCUUCGCAGGAACAGCCAUGGUUACACAGGUGGCCGAAGAAAGCACACCUUGGGGAGCUUAUCAACCGAUUGACAUCAUCAUGGGCGAGGAAUGGGAUUUGUCGGUGGCAGCAAAUCGCAAACACGUGGUCAAUUUGGUGAGCUCCCUCAAGCCAGCGCUUGUGGUCAUCACUCCUCCGUGUGGACCUUGGUGCGCCUGGCAGCGACUAUGUCAGGACUUUGACGCCUUGGAUGAACUUCGGCGCAAGCAUUUGCCCUAUUGGCGCCUCACCCGAGACAUUUGGGAUUGCCAGACUCGAGAAGGACGUCUGGCGCUGACGGAACAACCUGAUGGUUCUGAUGCGCUGGAGACAAGCUACAUGACAGGGCGGAACCCUCUCUAUCGAGUGGUAGUGGACCAGUGCAUGUUCGGCCUGAAGGACCCAGAGUCCCACAAGCUGUACAGAAAGACGACUGCUUUGGAUGUCAAUGACGAGACCUUCGCCAAAGCCUUGGCCGAUGUGGCGCGUUGCAAUCAUGCACCGGAGGAGCACGAGCAGAUCAAAGGUCAGGUCAAGGUCGAAGGGAAAUGGCGGAAGCGCUCAGAAAUGGCAUCGGCUUGGACGGCAAAGCUGGCCAACCACGUGCUCAAGUCAGCGGAGGCGGCCAUCUACAAGGAGGAGACGGAAGAUGAGGACGUGCUCGUGAGUUUGCCGGUUGAUUCCCCGACGACACCGACCACGAGGGCAAUUGAGGAAGAGACAUCUGAUUGGGAAGACAUGGACCCGAAGUAUCGACGUUGGACGUUUCCAGUCGAAGCAGAAGGAGCAGUCCUGACCCCCGAGGAGGUGAUGAAGCGCCAGAUGAGACAGUUUGGAGCUACGGGAGAAGAAUAUGACUACAUCACUUUCGAGGGUCAGGCCAAAUUGCUUGUGAGAAGGGUGAGACGGGUGUUGGCGCAUCUACAUGUGACGUUGGGUCACAUCUCCAACGACAGGCUGCACCGCAUGCCCAGCUUGGCAGGGGCGAGUGGAGAUCUACUUGCAGGAGCACGCCGACUUCGCUGUCAAGUAUGCUGCAUGGUUAGGCCACCCACGAGCAAACCACAGGUGUCCUACCUCAAGCCGACCAACUUCAACCAGCAAGUGAGCGGCGACGUCUUCUUCGUUUGGGACAUCAACAACGUGAAGUAUGCGGUGGUACACUACAUUGACGAGCUCACGGACUAUCAUGUGGGAGCAGUUGGAUUGGAUCCUACUUCGGAUUGGGCGGCGGAGGCCUUGUGUAGAUGCUGGUACGAUGUAUUUGGCCCUCCUGAUGUGCUCAUUACGGAUGGUGGAUCAGAGUUCAAGGGUGCGGUGGAUCGAUUGAACGACCUGUUCGCAGUGCAGCACGACCUCAUCCCGGACCAGGCUAAGUGGCGAUUGGGUCAUGCAGAACGUCAUGGAGCUAUCGUGAAGAUUAUGCUCAUGAAGGUCAUCAUGGAGUUGCGCAUCGGGAACAUGGAAGACAUGAAGACCGCACUUACAUCCUGUAUAUGGCCGCCAAGAACAGGCUGA